AUGGAUUUAGUUGAAGAAAAUGUUGCUCCACUCAAGGAGUUUGCCAAGAAUAGCAUUCGUUUAUUCAAGAAAUGUACUAAGCCAGAUCAACAAGAGUUCCAAAAGAUUGCUUUCGCUACAUUGGUUGGUUUCUGUAUCAUGGGAUUCAUUGGUUUCUUUGUCAAGCUUAUCCACAUUCCAAUCAACAACAUUCUCGUUGGUGGUGUCUAA